AUGAUAUUACGCUAUGGAGCGGUGUUCCUGGCGGAAAAGAAUGGUGGCAUUGAUCACAGAAGAUUAUAUGCCAUGAAGACAUUGCAGAAGAAGGAGAUCUUUGAGACAUUGAAGGGUCCUGAAAUGUUUAUAACCGAAUGUUUGGUACAUGAGAAGGCUCGUGGCUCACCAUUCCUAGUGAAACUGUACUACAGGUUCUGCACAAAUGAAACGAUCUACCUCUUACUGGAAUAUUAUCCAGGUGGGGACAUGCUGGACUUGUUAAUGCAGUUGGACACAAUUUCAGAAGACGAGGCAAGGGUGUACCUGGCCGAAGUAAUCCUAGCCAUAGAGCAUCUCCAUCGGAUUGGUAUAAUACACCGGGACAUCAAGCCAGAAAAUAUAUUGAUCGAUGCUCGAGGUCAUAUCGCUGUCACGGACUACGGACUGUGUAAACAAAUGAUCUAUGCAAAGGCUGACCGUACGGACUCAUUCUGUGGGACGAAAGCAUAUAUGGCACCUGAGAUGGUCACCAGCUGA